AAUAAGUUAAACAAGAUAAAGCAAGGUCAGAAUUCAUUUUUCACUUUUUACUCAAUUGUAUUUUAGUACCUUUUCUGAUCUCAGUGAAAAUAAACAAUAACGCAGAAUUGCUGCGCCUGUCAGAUUCGUGACUAGAGUGCUGUCCUUUGCCUGAAGCAGGCGUGCAGGCCGGUGAUCAGUCAUGCUGGCGGCUCGGACGGCGCUUGCAUCCCGGCGGCUCCUGUCAGCCUCGGCUUGCGCGCCUUGGCCGGACCAGCCCUGCCGGCGCUUCUGGGCCACGGAGCCUGUGCGGGCCGCCCAGCUGCACCCAGAGUGGGCAAAGCUGGCGAAGAAGCAACUGAAGGGGAAGGACCCCGAGGAGCUGAUGUGGCACACGCCGGAGGGCAUAUCCAUCAAACCCGUCUAUACCCGUGCUGACUCGAGUGGGGUGUCCGAUGAGCUGCCUGGGGUCUUUCCCUUCACCCGGGGUCCCUACCCCACCAUGUACACGUACAGACCAUGGACCAUCCGGCAGUAUGCGGGCUUCAGCACCGUGGAGGAAAGUAACAAGUUUUACAGAGACAACCUCAAGGCUGGACAGCAGGGUCUGUCUGUGGCUUUCGACCUGGCCACCCAUCGUGGCUACGACUCUGACAACCCUCGGGUGCACGGCGAUGUGGGGAUGGCGGGUGUGGCUAUAGACACCGUCGAGGACACCAAGAUGCUGUUUGACGGCAUCCCCCUGGACAAGAUGUCCGUCUCCAUGACAAUGAACGGGGCGGUCAUUCCCAUACUGGCCAUGUUUAUCGUGACUGGAGAGGAGCAAGGCGUUCCACCGGAGAAGCUCACCGGCACCAUCCAGAAUGACAUCCUCAAGGAGUUUAUGGUCCGAAACACCUACAUCUUCCCUCCGGAGCCUUCCAUGCAUGCCAUCGCUGAUAUAUUCGCCUACACUUCCAAGUACAUGCCCAAGUUUAAUUCCAUUUCCAUCAGCGGGUAUCACUUACAAGAAGCUGGGGCUGAUGCUGUCCUUGAAUUGGCUUAUACCAUCGCCAAUGGUCUGGAAUAUUGCCGUACUGGACUAACGGCUGGCCUCACCAUCGACCAGUUUGCCCCAAGACUGUCCUUCUUUUGGGGUAUCGGCAUGAAUUUUUACAUGGAAAUUGCCAAGAUGAGAGCUGGCCGACGACUCUGGGCCAGUCUGAUCAAGGAGAAGUUUCAACCUCAGGACUCCAAGUCACUGCUGCUGAGAGCUCAUUGCCAGACAUCUGGAUGGUCUCUAACAGAACAGGAUCCAUACAACAACGUGAUUCGCACCGUGAUCGAGGCCAUGGCUGCUGUUUUCGGGGGCACACAGUCCUUGCACACCAACUCGUUUGACGAGGCGCUGGGGCUGCCCACCAUCAAGAGCGCGCGAAUCGCCCGCAACACACAGAUCAUCAUCCAGGAGGAGUCGGGCAUCCCCAAGGUAGCUGACCCGUGGGGGGGGUCAUAUAUGAUGGAGUCCCUCACCAGUGACAUCUACAACGGUGCCCUCAAGUUAAUUAAUGAGAUCGAGGAGAUGGGCGGCAUGGCUCGGGCUGUGGCGGAGGGCAUCCCCAAACUGCAUAUUGAGGAGUGCGCCGCCAGAAGGCAGGCCAGGAUAGACUCAGGCUCUGAAGUCAUUGUCGGCGUCAACAAGUACCGGCUGGAGAAGGAGGAGACCGUGGAGGUUCUGGCCAUCGACAACACGGCCGUGCGCAACAAGCAGAUUGAGAAGCUCCAGAAGGUGAGGGAGAGCCGUGAUGCUGAGGCCGUCAGGAGGUGUCUGUCCGCUAUAGAGGAAUGCGCUCGCACCCGCAGCGGCAACCUGCUGGCUCUGGCCGUGGAGGCGGCGCGGACACGCUGCUCCGUCGGUGAGAUCACAGACGCCAUGAAGAGCGUUUUUGGCGAGCACAAAGCCAGCAGCCGCAUGGUGAGCGGAGCGUAUCGAAGUGAGUUUGGGGAGAACCAGGAAAUCACCGCUGCACACGGCAGGGUUUUGCAAUUUAAGAAGCACGAAGGCCGCAAUCCUCGCCUCCUAGUGGCCAAAAUGGGGCAAGACGGGCACGACAGGGGCGCCAAGGUCAUCGCUACGGGCUUCGCCGACCUGGGCUUUGAUGUUGACAUCGGGCCCCUUUUUCAGACCCCGUUGGAGGUGGCCCAGCAGGCCGUGGACGCAGACGUGCACUGUGUGGGCAUCAGCACGCUGGCCGCCGGCCACAAGACCCUCGUCCCUGAGCUGAUCGAGGAGCUGAGGAAUCUGAACCGGCCCGACAUCCUGGUCAUCUGUGGGGGGGUCAUCCCACCGCAGGACUACCCAUUUCUCUAUGACAAGGGAGUGUGUAGCAUCUUUGGUCCGGGGACAAGAAUCCCUCAAGCUGCCGUGGAGGUCAUUGACAACAUUGAGAAGAACCUGGAGAAGAACCGUCAGGCCUUGUGAUCAUUUCUCCAGAUGAAAGAAUGAAAAUCAUACGUUUUUCUGUGUGAUGCUUUCAGAAAUGACACUGCGACAUCCUGGAAAAAACUUCAAACACCGUGAUGUACUUCUCAGAUGAUUAAUACCACAGGUUCAUCAAUAAUGCAACACAAUCAAAAUAACAAAAAUUGUCUGAACUCAGAUGCCAUUUGUUCUUUUCAUUAUAAACACUCAGAAUGGAUCUAGAAUUGAAGUAAUGUUGCAGUUAUGUGACAGUAGUUAUCUUAAAUGUGUCUGUUUAUAUGAUAUGUUCUUUUUGUGAAGAAUGAUGCUUAUGUUCCUAGGACAUUAAAAGUGUAUUAUAAACCCA